UGUGCCCAGGAGCUGCGCAACAUCCAGUCCUACCACAUGAACAGCCUCGGCUGGGCUGACAUCGGCUACAACUUCCUGAUCGGCGGUGAUGGUGCCGUCUAUGAGGGUCGCGGCUGGAACGUUCUGGGAGCCCACGCCACCAACUGGAACUCCAAGUCCAUUGGCAUCUCCUUCAUGGGCAACUUCAGCAACUCUAAGCCCACCGCUGCCAUGAUCAGCGCUGCCAAGAGUCUCCUGGCCGAUGCCGUCUCCCGUGGCCAGAUCAGCUCCGGCUACACUCUGUACGGCCAUCGCCAGGUCAGCUCCACCGAGUGCCCCGGCAACAACCUGUGGAACGAGAUCCGCACCUGGGCCAACUGGAAGGCCUAAGAAGUUCUCGAAAGAAUUUUCGAUAUAAA